UACACCGAGGACACACACAAACCCACACCGUGUCAGCGGAUGAGUAAGGGAGAAGAGCCCGCUGCUGUGACACCGGGUCCGGUCAAGUUGAAGUGGAGCGGCGCGGGACCCUGAGGUGCGCACUGUGCGUCAGUGCGAGCGGAAACACGCACAGUGGAUUCUCUGGUUUUGUUUUUUGUGUGGAAACUAAAAUCAGGAGGAAGAAGUGUUGCUCUCUCGGCUUCUCUUCGGGACUCUCUCUCCUCCGCCGCACUGAUGGGAUGCUCUUCUCUGCUGGGAUUAUCGCUCCUCUGAGCCUCUGUGGGCUUUCCUCACAACGGCGGUGACCCCCGCGGCUCCUCCGCCCGCAGCGACUCCUCUCCGGUCUCCUCCGAGCUCCAGCGGUCGUUCAUAUGAGCGCAGCGUUCAGUCCGUCCUUCAUGGUGAUGCAGCGGCCACUCGGAAGCACCACCGCCUUCAGCAUUGACUCUCUGAUCGGGGGGCCACCUCAGCCCAGCCCGGGACACUUCGUCUACACCGGGUACCCGAUGUUCAUGCCAUACCGGUCGGUGGUGCUCCAGCCGCCCCCACCGCCACCCCCGGGCCUCCAACAGGCGCUCCCCACCGGACAUCACCCGCACCCCCAGAUCCCGAGCCUGCAGAGCGGCUUCUGCUCCAGCCUGACGCAGGGCCUGACGCAGGGCAUGGCGCUCACCUCUACCCUCAUGGCCUCGCUCCCCGGCGGCUUCUCCCCGUCCCAGCAGCACCAGGAGGCAGCCAGGAAGUUCGGCUCUCAGGCACUGCAUGCGGUCUUCGACAAAGCUCAGGAGCUGCGGCUGGACGCGGAGGACGGAAAGAGCUUCCUGCAGGGGAAGGAGUCUGCGGCGCUGCCGGGUUUCCACGACACGGACACGCCGGUACACGCAUCCACAGUGAGAGCACACAGCAAAGAAGACUCCAAGGAGGAGGAGUGCGGCCGAAAGGACGAGAGCUUCUCCAUGGACAGCGACCUGGACUAUAGCUCGGACGACAACCUCACCUCCAUGUGCCACAAAGAGGACGGAGACGGAGGAGGUCUGGAUGAAGGCCCGCACCUGCACGGGCCCCCCGGCGGCGGCUCCGGGACGGGAGGAGGAGGCGCGGGGGGCGGAGGCGGCGGGAAGAACCGGCGGAGGAGGACGGCGUUCACCAGCGAGCAGCUGCUGGAGCUGGAGAAGGAGUUCCACUGCAAGAAGUACCUGUCCCUCACCGAGCGCUCCCAGAUCGCGCAUGCGCUCAAGCUGAGCGAAGUGCAGGUGAAGAUCUGGUUCCAGAACCGGCGCGCGAAGUGGAAACGCGUGAAAGCUGGAAACGUGAACAACAAGUCCGGGGAGCCGUCCCGGAACCCCAAAAUAGUGGUGCCCAUCCCCGUGCACGUGAGCCGCUUCGCAAUAAGGAGUCAGCACCAGCAGAUGGAGCAGGCCAGACCGUAGAAGAAGAAGCGGGAGGACCGAGGCCGGACUGAGAGGCCGCGAGCCGCGUUUAAGGGGGGAGGGGUUGUUUUAUUGUGAAAAUAUCGGAUUCAAGAUUUUCAAAAAUCGCAGAACUCAUUAAAAAAAGGAAAGAAAGAAAAGAAAGAAACGUGAAUGAGUUUAAUGUGAUGGGUUUAUUAUUUUUUAUAGUUUCUAUUUUAACAGAUUUCGUUCAUCGAAGCUUAGAGAAAAGAAAAAA